AUGGGAACAACUGUCAGUCGUGCCACUUCUGCUCCUAAUCGUAUUUCUUCGUCUGUGGCUCCGAUGCCGGCGUAUUCAACUAAUCAGAAUAACAUGUUCAUGGUGGUGAACGGAAGAAUGAGACCCAACUCUAACCCGAAUUCAAGUACAAGUUCUUGGGAAGCACCCAGACGACCACCGAUUUCUCCACCUGAAAAGGUAGUGCCAAGUGCAACAAAAAAGGAGAAAGAGGUGAAUAACAAUCAUAUUGAAAAGAAGGGAAGUCUGAAGAAAAUGCGUGCUCGAAGCGACACAAAUCUGUCCGAAGAUCAUCAGACGGAUGAAAUGGAAAAUGAUCCGCCGAGAAGUUUCGAUGAUCGUCCGGCGAAGGCAAGCGGACAAUAUUCGUUUCAAGAUUUCGAAUCACCUAUCGCCCCCGCUGCGAAUAUGGGAAAGAAGAGUAUCAGUCAUCACAGUCUUCCCAUUACUUCUCAUCCUCCUUUGAAACAUGCGAUCUCCCAACCACAAAAACGUGGCAACAACAACGGCCCAGCAUUCCUUCGUUCCGGACAAGGACAAAGGACGAAAUCGGUCUCAAAACCUCACCGUGAGCCAACUGCUCUUCCAAAGACAUACACUUCAUUAGACUCAUCAAAUAUGUCAGUGAAUCUGGCGUUGAAGAAGAUGGCAAAUGACGAAUGGUCGGAGAAAGUUGAUGGAUUGAAUAUGAUCUCAACUCUCUCUGAAACACAACCAAAACAAGUGGCUGACAAUCUGAAAGAUGUGAUUAUAGCAAUUCUGAAUGAGUGUAAAAACUUGAGAUCUUCUGUCUCGAGAGUGGCCAUCGUCACUAUAGGAACAGUGGGUCAGAAUUUGAAUUCAAAGAUCGACAUGGAAAUGGAAAAGAUUUGUGCGGUGCUUUUGACGAGAGCUGGAGAUGUUUCGAAUGCAUUCAUAAGAGAUGAUGCGACAGAUUCAUUGAAUAAAUUGGUGAAGGCAGCGUCGGCAGGAAAGGCUCUCCAGGGAAUAAUACUGGCUGGAGCAAAAUCCAAGAACAACACAGUUCGUUCUUCCUGUGCUACAUUUAUCUACGAUAUCAUCACAAUCCAGGGAAGCUCUGCUAUCCUCAACAACCCUGCAGCCCUCUCAAAUGUCCUACCAGUUCUUAUUCAAUUCUCGAAAGAUCAGUCUCCACAAGUACGCACACCUGGAAAACAGUCAUUGUGCUUCUUGUCGAAGGAUCCGAAUUUCGAAAGGUUGAUGAGAAAGAAUGCGAAUGAAUCAGACCUCAAAACUAUCAAGGAAGUACUGGCCAACGUUGAGAAGAGGGGAGGAGUUGAUUCCCUAGAAUCCACUGCUAAUCUAUCCGGUUCUCUGUCUAGAAUUGGAAGUACCCGACGAGUACAAAAGAAACUUCCGGAUAGUCUUCAGUUGGAUCUUGAUGAGAUUCGGACGGAGUUAUUGGCUGCUGGAUGGGAGAGACGGUUGUCUGGAUUACAGAGAUUUGAGGAGAUGUGUUCUCAUGCUUGCAAAGCAGUUGCAAGUGAUACCAGAUUGAUCGAAGCAUUCAUUUCGAGACUCGGGGAUACAAAUGGCAAAGUUGCGUCGUAUGCGAUGGAGACGUAUCUGUCGACAAUGGGGAGCAUGGCAAAACUCUACUCCACCGAAGCCAACCUGAAAGCUGUGCUCAACCAGCUCGCCUUUGCUCUGACUGCUCACCUUUCGAGCAAAUCAGAAGAGCAUAAACAUCUAGCAAGAACAUGUAUUCAACACACGAUACGAUCAAUUGAACCCGUCAGUCUAUUGCCUGCGAUGACUGCAGCUACCAAGAAAUCGAAUAUCAAACAGAGACCGUUCAUCACUACCCAGUAUUGUGAACUAUGCAAACUGGCCUAUAAAAGUAAACCGAAACAAGUUGAAGUAAUGGCUCUACCCCUUCUAUGGGAUAGUAUUAAGAACGGACCACCUGAUGUGGAUAAUAAGAAAGCGGCACAACUAUUAGCCAAGACUCUCGCCAAACUUGUCGGCGAGAAGCAGCUUCUCGACUUGGCAACUGCAGAACUUGAUCCCAAUCGCAAGAAGCAAUUGGACGCUUUGAUUCGGUGA